AAUCGUCAGGCUGCCUUGAAACUACAGUAGCUAGUGUGCACCGUCCGUUGCCAUUUAUGGUGGGAGAGGUUAGCUAGCUAGGGAUUGACGUUUGCGGAGGUUCAUUGAAGUCAGCUACAGUGAGGUGGCGGGGAGACAAAACACGUUUUGUGGGGAUUCUUUGGAGUAGCCUAGCUCCUUUGGCUCCCAACACAGCAUCCACACCUGCCCACAGAUGUCAGUGUGUCCUGGGAACUGCUAGCCUUCCCUCACUAGAUGUAGUGGGGAGUUGUCGUUUCCAGCCUUGAGCACAAGGAAGGGGUGUAUCGCAAUGGCCUGAGGAUUGAAUGGACCUUUGUAACAUCCCGCAUACCGCCCAACUCUCAUGCUGCUGCCGCUUGGAAUUUGUUAGACUUUUGUGCCGACGAGUGAAGUAACCCCACCAUGCGUGAAUACAAGCUAGUGGUUUUAGGCUCAGGAGGUGUAGGCAAAUCUGCACUGACUGUCCAAUUUGUACAGGGUAUUUUUGUGGAAAAAUAUGACCCCACAAUAGAAGACUCCUACAGAAAGCAAGUUGAAGUGGAUGGGCAGCAGUGCAUGCUUGAAAUCCUUGACACAGCUGGAACAGAGCAGUUCACAGCGAUGAGGGACUUGUACAUGAAGAACGGUCAAGGCUUCGCUCUUGUAUACUCCAUCACGGCGCAGUCCACAUUUAAUGAUCUACAGGACCUUCGGGAACAGAUCCUGAGAGUAAAGGACACUGAGGAUGUCCCCAUGAUCCUGGUGGGCAACAAGUGUGACCUGGAGGAUGAGCGUGUGGUGGGCAAGGAGCAGGGUCAGAACCUGGCCAGACAGUGGAACAACUGUGCCUUUCUAGAGUCCUCAGCUAAAUCAAAGAUCAACGUUAAUGAGAUUUUCUAUGACCUGGUCAGACAGAUCAAUAGGAAAACACCGAUAGAAAGGAAGAAGGAAAAGAAGUCAAAUUGCACACUGCUCUGAAGCUCCCCCUUACAGCAGCUCUGAGCCAAGAAGCUGCAAUACAAUACUGGUGCCCAGUUGGAACGUGCCAGCAUUUCAAGCCCUUUCAAUAACGAAUGGAGAUGUUUGACAAUAGCAGAAAAGUAAUUAUCUACUUCACCACUCUAAUAAUGGAGGAUUCUUCAUGUAUACUCUUAGCUUUGUAAUGGUUAAGAAAUCCAGACCUUUUUCUCUCUUUUUAAUUUUGUCAAUGGGACAGCCUUAUGAUGAAGAGUUUUCCCUUUCCCCUGUUUUAUAAAUUACAAUUUAAAACAUAGAAGACUACCAAGCAAUUUAUUGUGGAUUUGGACAAUUAGGUUGUUUACAGAUAUUUUCAUAUCUUUGGCUCAUUUCAAAAUGUUUGCAAAAUAAAUAAUGGUAAAUAUUGGCCUUUUUCAUUACCUUACCCAUCUGCAGUAAUUGUGUCAACAGUAAUGCAUCAACUUCCAUGUUUUCUUUCUCCUAUUACUUUUAAGAAGUUGUAUUCAUCAAAUAACAUAUUUACUAAGUGACUUUGUUUUAUAUGGGAAGCUGCAAUGCUUUCGUCUUUCCCAUAAUAUAUUCUUGUUUUGUCUUUUUGAAUAAUGAAGCUGUGGGAAAUGUGUUUUAUAGAAUAGGGGAAAUAAGGAGACUUGAUUUCUGUCUUGAGGUUGAAAAUAUGUUGUACUAAACCAACUCUAUUGUGUCUUGUUACCUUGUUGCAAAUGAUUUUCCAGCUUUUAUGAAUGAUAAAAAAUGUACAUUUUCAUUA